AUGGAUGAGACAAAAAAGGACAUUGAAAAUCUUCCGGAUAAUGAACCAAAAUUCGUAGCCGAUAUACGUGUCGCAGACGACCCCACACUCACUCACAGUCACUACACGCACGACAACGUCGGCACACUCCAGCGACGCCUAAAAUCACGCCAUGUCCAAUUCCUCGCCCUAUCCGGUGCUAUAGGCACCGGCCUCUUCGUCGGGUCAGGGCAAACACUCUCCCUAGGUGGACCUUUGUCGGCGGUGCUCGCCUACCUCAUCACUGGGUUUAAUUUGUAUGGUGUAAUCAACAGUUUGGGCGAAAUGGCGACAUGGCUUCCGUUACCAGGUGCAAUACCCGUAUACGCAGCGCGAUACGUGGAUCCUGCUCUGGGUUUUGCGCUGGGCUGGAAUUAUUGGUAUCAGUUCGCCAUCAACGUGCCGAUAGAGAUCAGUGCGGCGGCGUUGAUUAUUGAUUACUGGCCGAAUAAUGUGCCUACGGUCGUCUGGAUCACGAUUUUGUUAGUCGUUAUGGUCGCGAUAAACCUGUUUCCCGUGCGGUACUAUGGUGAAAUCGAGUUCGGGUUCGGCGCAAUCAAGCUGACUACCAUUUGCGGACUAAUUCUGCUUAUGCUCAUCAUUACUCUCGGCGGCGCACCGAAUCAUGAUCGUAUUGGAUUUCGGUACUGGAAGAAUCCUGGUCCAAUGCUGGAAUACCUGGAGCCAGGUACCCUGGGACGCUUUCUUGCCUUCUUCAAAGUCUUUAUCAGCGCUACAUUCGCAUACGGCGGAAGCGAGAUGGUAGUCGUCGCAGCUGGUGAGGCUGAGAAUCCACGACGAAACAUCCCAAAAGCAGUUCGCAGAGUCUUUUGGCGUAUCGCCGUCUUUUAUGUAUUGAGCGUCCUCUUGGCUGGCAUGUGCGUCUCAGCCACGGAUAGCCGCCUGCUGAACGCCAUCAACCAAAGCGCCCCCGGCGUCGGCGCCAGUCCCUUUGUCAUCGCAAUGCAAAACGGAGGUAUCAAAGUGCUUCCAUCAAUCAUCAAUGCGGUUGUAUUAACGUCGGCCUUUUCGGCUGGUAACUCUGUCUUUUACGCGUCGACUCGGGUAUUGUACGCUACUGCCCUCGACGGGAAAGCACCUGGGUUCCUGAAAUACGAGAAAUUCGGCGUCCCCUAUGCCUGUGUAGGCGUUACAACAUUGUUGAGUCUACUCGUCUAUUUGAAUGUUAACUCGAGUGCAUCCGACGUAUUCUUCUGGAUCAGCAAUCUUAGCUCUGUCUGCACGCUGCUUGUAUGGACAUCCGUUUCCAUAAUCUACCUCCGCUUCCACAAGGGGAUGCAACACCAAGCCAUCGCACGAUCUUCACUUCCCUUCCAAGCCCCCUUCCAACCGUAUCUUGCGUGGUUUUCAUGUCUGUUUUCUGCGACAGUGGCGUUCUUUAAUGGCUUUGACUCUUUCUUUCCCGGAAAGUUUAGUGCAAAGUCAUUUAUUCCCCCGUAUAUAAAUAUACCCAUCUUUGCGGCGUUAUUUUUGGGAUACAAGCUCUCUAACAGGACGAGAUUCGUCAAAUUGGAUGAAAUGGAUUUCUUCUCUGGAAAGGAGGAAGCGGAUCGUUUGGAGGGUACUUGGGAGAAAGUGAAACCAAGAAAUGUUUUUCAAAGGCUGUGGUAUUGGAUUGCUUAA